AUGGUGGAGUACGAGCCUCGUAUCAUCGAUAUUGAAGCCACGAUUGAUCUUAGGAUCAAAAUCCUUGAAGUCUACAAAGAUUCAGCCUUGGUUGUUAGCCAAGUCAAAGAAUAUCGGGAUACUAGAGAGCACAAGCUUAUCCCUUACAAGGAGCAUGUCUUGAAAAUUGUCCCUUACUUUAACGAGAUUACAUCCCACCACAUCCCUCGGGAAGAUAAUCAACUAGCUGACGCCUUGGCAACCUUGGCGUUCAUGUUUAAGGUCAAGUGGAAGAAUGAAGACCCAUCCUUUCACCUCAACUACUUUGACGAGCUCGCUUACUGUUUGGCGUACGAAGACGAAGCCGACGAUUAUCCUUGGUUCUAUGACAAUAUGAGAUUCUUAGAAUGCCAAGAAUAUCCAAAGGAUGCAUCCAUUACCGAUAAGAAAUACAUUUGGAAAUUGUCUUCCAAGUUCUUCUUAACUGGUUGGGUACUCUACAAGAGAAAUUAA